AUGUACAGAGUAAAUUCAGGAGCUGGAAGCAGACCUGUUUUUCAACAGGGUGUUCGACUUUACGCCCAUGGUUCAAUGCCUCUUGGCUCCACGUCGAAUUCCGAUUCAAAUUCUACUCAAAUUCGUGAAAAUCCCUCCAGUUCUUCCCAUCAGCCAUUAACUCAUCUAAGUGGUAUAGUGAACGUAUCAAAGGCUUCUUCUUAA